GCAGGUUAUUUUUAGCUGGGGGAGGGGACGGAGCGACGGGCCAGGGCGCCAGUGGCUGAGGUGGCCACGGUGUCCUCCGGCAGUGCGCGACGCUGUCCUCGGGGACCUGCGCUCUGUGGGGGCGGGGAAGUCGGCUGGAGAGCGCGGCGGGCGGGAAGGGGCGGAGAGCGCGCUCCUGCGGAGGAGGCUGUGCUCAUCCCGGCGGCCGAGCGCUCUAGUACUCGCUGGGCUUCGCAGAUGGCUUGCCCCGCUCUCGGUCUGGAAGUCCUUCAACCCCUGCAGCCCGAACCACCUCCGGAGCCUGCCUUCGCCGAGGCGCAGAAGUGGAUCGAGCAAGUCACUGGUCGAAGUUUUGGUGACAAAGACUUCCGGACAGGACUAGAAAAUGGAAUCCUUCUUUGCGAGUUGCUGAAUGCUAUAAAGCCAGGACUUGUUAAAAAGAUCAAUAGAUUGCCUACCCCCAUUGCAGGAUUGGACAAUACCAUCUUAUUCUUGAGAGGCUGUAAAGAGCUUGGCCUUAAAGAAUCUCAACUCUUUGACCCAAGUGACCUCCAGGAUACCUCCAACAGGGUCACUGUCAAGAACCUCGAUUAUAGCAGGAAGCUGAAAAAUGUGUUAGUGACCAUCUACUGGCUGGGGAAAGCUGCAAACAGCUGCGCAUCCUACAGCGGAACCACACUGAACCUGAAGGAGUUUGAGGGGUUGUUGGCUCUGAUGCGAAAGGAGACUGAUGACAUUGAGAGCCCGAAGCGCAGCAUCCGAGACAGUGGCUACAUCGACUGCUGGGACUCUGAACGCAGCGACUCCCUCUCUCCUCCUCGCCACGGCCGGGAUGACUCCUUUGACAGCCUGGAUUCUUUUGGCUCCCGCUCCAGGCAGACACCGUCACCAGAUGUAGUCCUCAGGGGAAGCAGUGAUGGAAGAGGAAGCGAUUCUGAAUCGGAUUUGCCCCACCGAAAGUUGCCAGAUGUGAAGAAAGAUGAUAUGUCCGCACGACGGACGUCUCACGGUGAGCCAAAAUCAGCAGUGCCUUUCAACCAGUACCUCCCGAACAAAAGCAACCAGACGGCCUAUGUCCCAGCGCCUCUGAGAAAGAAGAAGGCGGAGCGGGAGGAAUUCAGGAAGAGCUGGAGCACAGCCACCUCUCCCCUGGGCGGGGAAAGGCCCUUCAGUUACCCUGAAACCAUAGAGGAGGAGGGAAGUGAAGCAGGGUCUCCCACUGAAGAUGACCUGAGCAGCCAGAUUGGCCCUCCUGGGACGCCUGACUGUGGGUUAGAAGCUCCUCCCAGCAAUGGUGAGGAGCAGUCUCCUGAGGAUGUUGCUGCGGUGCCAGCUGCUAUUCCUGAAGACAGAGAUGCUGUGGAAAGCCAAAAGCGCAGGAGACUGGAGCAAGCUGGGAUCAAGGUCAUGCCUGCAGCACAGCGCUUUGCCAGUCAAAAGCAAUCAAGUGAAGAGAAAGAAUCUAUUCGUGAUAUAAUCCUUCGGAAAGAAAACCCUUUCCUGACCCACCAACAUGGCAAAGAUUCAGAGUCGGAGGAUGAAGCUGCGUGCCUACUGCCUGACCUUGAGAAAGAUGACUUUGCUGCAAGGAGGGCAAGGAUGAACCAAAGCAAGCCAAUGGUGCCACUUAAUCAACUGCUCUAUGGGCCUUACCGAAGUAAAGAUGCAGAGAAGGCGGGUGGCAGCAAGCAGCUCUCAAAGGGUCCAUCAGACAAGAAAAAUCUAGGAUUUAAAAGAAACCAAGGCCAGCGAGAAGAUGAAAACACAAUAGUGCCCUGUAUCGUGCAAACCCAGGAGGGUGAAACACUAGAAACGAAUUUCAGGAAGGCACCAGAUCUUCAGAAGGAUGACCUGGCCCAGAGAAGAAUCCAGGGCAGACUUACCCCUCACCGUGAGGCUCCAAGCUUCAUCAAACCCUCUGGGAUUACGGCAGCUGACCUGGAGACUUGGGAGAGACUGAAAGUGUCAGGAGAGACGAGGGAUGGAGAUGCUCAGAACACCUGUGCCCCUGAGCCCUCACCAGAAAUCGAUGCAGAAACCGCCAUCCGGGAUGACUAUGCCAGCCGUAAAGCAAGGGCCUAUAAGAAAGCAUCCGGCCCUAGGCAAAAGUUUGUACACUUUGGGCCUGUGACAGAGAUAGACCAACAAACUUGGAAACGGCUCAGCAUUGGCAAGGCGGGGCCUAGGGACGAUGUGGAGGUUGUCAGUCACAGCAGCCAGAACCGAAUUUCCUCUGGGUCACCUCCCUCUACUGCUACUUUUGGCUUAAAGGAAGAACAGAUGCUUAGUCCACAGAGUGACUGCAGGAUAGUGCCUUCUGGCACAGAUGGCCGUCUCAAAAAGGCCCCAUGGCUGGCGCCAGUGCUGGAGUCUCAGGAAGAACAGGUCUGCAUUCAGAGCAACAACCCAAAGACAGAGGAAGUUACAUCCACACAGCUGCCAUGGGAUGGCAGAGAACAAAAUGAAGAAGUUACUCAAAAAGAGCCUGAGAUGCUGCCAAGGGUAAAAAGACCAGAGGAAUGCAGCGGACCCUUAUACGGUCCAAGAACUCCUGUGUCAGAUGACGCAGAGAGCACGAGUAUGUUUGACAUGCGGUGUGAGGAGGAGGCAGCGGUGCUGCCGCACAGCAGGGCCCGCCAAGAGCAGCUGCAGCUGAUAAAUAGCCAGCUGAGGGAAGAGGACGACAAAUGGCAAGAUGACCUGGCUCGCUGGAAGAGCCGUAGAAGAAGUGCUUCUCAGGACUUAAUUAAGAAAGAGGAAGAAAGGAAAAAAAUGGAGAAGUUGAUGUCCGGAGAAGAUGGGACAAGUGAACGGAGAAAAAGCAUCAAAACUUACAGAGAAAUCGUCCAGGAAAAAGAGCGGAGAGAGAGGGAGCUACAUGAGGCUUACAAGAACGCAAGGUCGCAGGAGGAGGCAGAGGGGAUCCUCCAGCAGUACAUCGAGAGGUUCACCAUCAGUGAGGCUGUCCUCGAACGCUUGGAGAUGCCAAAAAUCCUGGAAAGAAGCCAUUCGACAGAGCCAAACGUGUCCUCCUUCCCGAAUGACCCCAGCCCCAUGAAAUACCUGCGGCAGCAGUCGCUGCCCCCGCCCAAGUUCACUGCCACGGUUGAGACCACCAUCGCUCGCACCGGUGUCCCAGAGAGCAAUGCGGCAGCAGGCACUGGGUCUCCAAGCAAAACCAUCACUCCAAAUACAGUGCCUAUGCUGACACCCAGGCCUUACUCCCAGCCCAAAAGCUCUCAAGAGGUUCUGAAGACUUUUAAGGUAGAUGGGAAAGUCAGCAUGAAUGGAGAAAUGGACCAUGGAGAUGAGGAAGGAAAGGAAAAAGAAGGCCUGGCAGCAGCAGCCCCUGGCCCCUCCUUAACCAGGUCCCAGAUGUUUGAAGGUGUAGCCACAGUGCACGGCUCUCCCGUGCAAGUGAAACAAGGCAGCCACAGCAUCGAGAUCAACAUCAAGAAACCAACUUCUGCUCCCCAGGAACUGACAGCAGCCUCUGAGGAAACUGAAUCGAAUGGCCAAGAGGAUGAAGAAGGUGAAGAGAGGUCAGGGACCCAGGAUGUGGAGCCAGACGCGGCAGAGCCCCAGCAUUUUACAACAACAGUGACUCGGUGCAGCCCAACAGUGGCCUUGGUGGAGAUUUCAUCCAACCCGCAGCUGAAGAAUGAGGUGCCAGAACAAGACCAGAAGACGCCAGAAAACGAGAUGAGUGGGAAGGUGGAGUUAGUGCUGUCACAGAAGGUGGCAAAGCCAAAAUCCCCAGAACCAGAAGCAACCUUGACGUUCCCAUUUCUCGACAAAAUGCCUGAAACCAACCAACUACAUUUGCCAAAUCCCAAUUCUCAAGCGGAUUCUCCAAGCAGUGAGAAGUCCCCUGUGAGCACACCUUUUAAGUUCUGGGCAUGGGACCCGGAAGAGGAGCGCAGGCGACAGGAGAAAUGGCAGCAGGAGCAAGAACGUCUGCUCCAGGAGAGGUAUCAAAAGGAGCAAGACAAGCUAAAGGAGGAGUGGGAAAAGGCCCAGAAGGAGGUAGAAGAAGAAGAACGCAGAUACUACGAGGAGGAGCGUAAGAUAAUUGAAGACACUGUGGUUCCAUUCACUAUUUCCUCGAGUUCUGCAGAUCAGCUGUCUACAUCCUUGUCUGUAACUGAAGGAAGUGGGACAAGGAAUAAGAUGGACUUGGAAAACUGUCAAGACAAAGAAAAAGAAAGAAGACAGAAGACACCUUUCCAAGAGAAUGACAGUGACUCAUUGCUCAAAGCCAGAGAAGGUGGCCUGCCAGAGGAGCACAGCAACCUAACUCAAAGUCCCUCGGCUAACUCUGAAAACUCGGUGUCAAAAGGAAUCCAUCAGGACCAGCAGCCAGAGGCAGAGGCCGGUGCCCCACCCUGUGGUCCAAACCCACAGCUAGCUCAGGAUCCACCUUGGAAUCAACAGAUAUCAAACCCACCCACAUCCAUGUCAGAAGAUGUGAAGCCCAAAACCCUGGCCCUGGAGAAAAGUGUCAAUCAUCAGAUCGAGUCUCCGGGAGAAAGGCGGAAGAAAAGCCCUCGAGAGAACUUCCGGGCUGGGCCCCUGUCCCCGUGCUCUCCCACCCCUCCCGGCCAGUCUCCAAACAGGUACACGAGGUCUAUAAGUGGGAAGAAGCUGUGCUCCUCCUGUGGGCUCGCUUUGGGUAAAGGUGCCGCAAUGAUUAUCGAGACCCUGAAUCUCUACUUUCACAUUCAGUGUUUCAAGUGCGGCAUUUGUAAAGGACAGCUCGGAGAUGCAGUGAGCGGGACAGACGUUAGGAUUCGCAAUGGUCUCCUAAACUGUACUGACUGCUACAUGCGAUCCAGAAGUGCCGGCCAGCCUACAACACUGUGAUAUGGUUGGGAGCUUCCGGGCCACUGAGCAUUUCUCUACUAAGAGUGUCCCUUGGCAACUGCUUUAUUAAACCCCAAGUCCAGGG